AUGGAUCCAGAGGCGAAGAGACAAAAGCUUAGCACAUCAGAACUCGCAAGCCCCUGUCUCCCAAAGAAGAAGGAUGUGACAAUCACAAGUCCCUCUUUAAACUCAAAGGUUGAUUUGGGAGAAGCGAUGAAAAAGCAGAACGACGUCGCUAUGUUCCUUACCGAGAAAGUAAUCUCUGCCGUAGCCAGAAACUCCAACUUCGUCUUCGCUCCGGCAUCAAUCAACGCCGUUCUAACCAUGGUCGCCGUUACCUCCGAAGAAGAAACACUAAGAUCUUUAAUCUUCUCCAUCCUUAGGUCAUCCUCUGUCGAUGAGCUCAACGCUGUUUUCCAUGAAGUAGCAAACACCGUGCUCGUCGAUGCAAGUGAGGACGGUGGCCCUAAGAUCUCUGCGGUUAAUGGAGUGUGGAUGGAACAGUCCCUACCUGUUAGUCCCUCGAAGAAAGAUCUCAUUCAGAAUUUCUUCAAAGCUACUUUUGCUCAAGUUGAUUUUCAAUUCAAGAGUGAACUAGUGCGUAAGGAGCUGAAUGCGUGGGCUUCACGUCACACGAAUAAUCUCAUCGAAAACAUGCUUCCGCAAGGAUCCGUUACAAGUGACACCAAGUGGAUUUAUGGAAACGCAAUGUACUUCAAAGGAGCCUGGAAAGAUAAAUUCCCAAAGUCUUUGACAGAUGAGGAAGAGUUUUAUCUUCUCGAUGGCACAUCACUCUCUGUGCCUUUCAUGAGCACAGCCUCUAGGAGGCAAUACGUAAGUGAAUACGAUGAUUUCAAGGUUCUUAAGCUCUCUUUUCAACAAGGCCUUGAUAUGAAUCGCGAAUUCUCAAUGUAUUUCUAUCUCCCGGACGAGAAUGAUGGACUCGAAAAUCUGGUGAAGAGAAUGGCAUCUACUCCUGGAUUCUUGGAUAGUCAUAUUCCAAGUGAAAAAGUUCGUGUUGGUGAAUUCAGAAUCCCAAAGUUUAAGAUCGAAUUCGGUUUUGAGGCUUCAAAGGCUUUCAAUGAAUUGGAACUGGAUUCGGCUUCAUUCUUCCAUAAAGCUUUGGUUGAGAUCGAUGAAGAUGGUGCAGAAGCUGCGGCUGUUACUAGGAUGGGAGGCCCCAGAGGUGGCAAAGGCUACAGCACUGUAAGGUUGAUAGAUUUUGUUGCUGAUCAUCCGUUUCUUUUUUUGAUAAAAGAAGACAGAACUAAAACCAUUAUGUUCGUUGGUCAAAUCUUUGAUCCUUCCAAAACUUCUUCAGCUUAG